AUGUCUAAAACCUUCACCACUGCCGAUGUGGCCAAACACACUGCCACCGCCAGCGAUGGCAUGUACAUCAUCAUUGAUGGGUCCGUCUAUGAUGUGACAAACUUCGUGGACGAGCACCCUGGUGGAGCCAAGAUUUUGAAACGGGUUGGUGGGAAAGAUGCUACAAAGCAAUUCUGGAAGUAUCACAACGAAUCCGUCCUCAAGAAGUAUGGGCCCAAGUUGAAGAUCGGCUCGAUCGGCGAGAAGGCCAAGCUGUGA